GAGUGGCUGAGCUGUCUGCCUGCUGUGUUCACAGCGUCACUCAGAGACAAAAUGGCGUCCAGGUUACAGGACGAUCUCUGCUGCCCUGUCUGCUGUGACAUGUUUAAAGAUCCUGUCAUCCUGUCAUGUAGCCACAGCUUCUGUAAAGACUGUCUGCAGAACUGGUGGAGACAGAAACCAGCACGUGAGUGUCCAGUUUGUCAGAGAAGACACUCAAAGAGUUUCCUACCUCCUGACUUUGCUCUAAAGAACCUGUGUGAGAGUUUCUUACAGGAGAGAGAUCAGAGAGCUUCAGAGGCUCUCUGCAGUCUGCACUCUGAGAAACUCAAACUCUUCUGUCUGGACCAUCAGCAGCCAGUGUGUCUCGUCUGCAGAGAUUCAGAAAAACACACCAACCACAGAUUCAGACCCGUCGAUGAAGCUGCACGACAACACAAGAAGGAACUUGAGGAAACUCUGGAGCCCUUAAAGGAGAAGUUUAAGGUCUGUGAACAAGUUAAAGUGAAGUGUGAUCAAACAGCAGAACACAUGAAGGUCCAGGCCCGACGCACAGAGAGGCAGAUUAAGGAGCAGUUCAAGAAGCUUCACCAGUUUCUGGAAGAGGAAGAGGAGGCCAGGAUGGCUGCACUGAGGGAGGAAGAGGAGCAGAAGAGUCAGAUGAUGAAGGAGAAGAUGGAGGCUCUGAGCAGAGAGAUAGCAGCUCUUUCAGACACAGUCAGAGCCACAGAGGACGAGCUGAGAGCUGAAGACGUCUCAUUCCUGCUCAACUACAAGGCUGCAGUGGACAGAGUCCAGCAGCGCCCCCUGCUGGAUGAUCAACAGCUGCUCUCAGGAGCUCUGAUAGACGAGGCCAAACACCUGGGCAACCUGACCUUCAGCAUCUGGAACAAGAUGAAGGACGUGGUCUCCUACACUCCUGUGAUCCUGGACCCAAACACUGCUGGUCCAGAACUCGUCCUGUCUGAAGAUCUGACCAGUGUGAGAGGAGCAGAGGAGAGACAGCAGCUUCCUGAUAAUCCAGAGAGGUUACACUACUGCUCUGUCCUGGGCUCUGAGGGCUUUAACUCAGGGACUCACAGCUGGGACGUCGAGGUUGGAGACAGUACAUACUGGGAACUGGGUGUGUUGGCAGAGUCUGUCCAGAGGAAAGGAGACAUAUACUCUGGAUUAUGGAGAAUAUGGUUCUGGUAUGGUAAAUACAGAGCAGUCUCCCCACCACAUCAAGACACUGCUCUCCCCUUUGAGAGGCAGCUCCAGAGGAUCAGAGUCAAUCUGGACUGUAACGGAGGAAAACUGUCGUUCUCUGAUCCUGAUACUAACACACACAUACACACCUUCACACACACUUUCACUGAGAGGAUGUUUCCAUAUGUUAACAAUAGGGAUAAACUCCCACUGAAGGUUUUACCACUGAAGGUCUCUGUGACUGUAGAACAACAGGAAUGAAAGACGUGUUUCAGGUCUGAUGGUUUAUGACUCACAGCAGUCAGACAGAUGUACCAUGUUGGAUUUGUUGCUGAUACUUCAGAGGUAGAUUAAAUAUGAAUGAAUGAUCGGAGGGGACGUAGAGCUCACUCUGAGUCAGACUGUUGUCACUACUCAGUUUGUAUUUUGGUUCUCAGGCGUUACGAGGUGCAGUGGUGUAAAUGUAAAUGUGUGUGAUUGAUGUGAGUGUGUUCAUGUCGCAGUUUGAUCAUUUGUACAGUUUGGGACAAUCAUGAAGCUUCUUCCUGCUCCUUUUCAGACAUGAAAUGUUGAUUUAUGUUUUUUUUUGUUGUUGUUUUUCUAUUUGUAACCCCUAUGCAGCAAUUUUUCCCUUCAUCCAAACCAAAUUUCUCCCAAGGGAGACCAAUAAAGUAACCUUGACCUUAACCUUGAAUGUUUUAAUGUUCGCCCAUGUUUUUUUCUACAAUAUAAUCUUUUCUAUUUUCUUAAUAUUUUUUAAAUGUUCAAAAUCAAAUCAAACAGAGAGAGAGUCAGUUAUUAAAUGUUUCAGGUGAAGUGAUGUGAAUAAUCAGAGUUUAAUGAACACAGCCAG